AUGUAAGUUAGGGAAAUUGGCCAUGUAAAGUGGAAGUUUGUAGCAGGUAAAAAUAAAAUAUUGCUUGUCAACAGUCAUGGCGGAGCCUGAAGAUGACAAACUUCAAAGCAUAGCUGUUGUUUCAGAUGGUAAGCCUCCUAGUGUAGCUACGGUCAGGUCAGACGGAGAGCUUGAUGAUCGGGAAAACAAGCAAGCCGUCAAUCCCGAAGGUUUUGUACAAGAAAACGAAAAAAGAGUAAAAUUUGACUCGGUGGAUUUGGACGAUUUUAGUGCGAGUGAAUAUACAGACGAUGAUGGUGACGACGAAGGUGACGAUGAUAGCAUUUUUAAGGACAGUAAACAGAGAAGAAAAAGAUUAAAAAAGAAGAAACCAAAGCAUGUUGUGAUCGAGGACGAUAGCAGCUCCGAUGAUGAUAAACAGGCUGUUAAUACGAAUGUAAAUCCGUCUGAUUUGACAUGGCUGUUGUGGAUGUGGUAUUAUGUUAGAGCUGUCUCAAGUGGAGCACUGAAAGCUGCAGAAUUUCUUGGUGAAAAGUUAGCAUCAUUCUUCGGCAUUACAACACCAAAAUAUCAGUAUGUUAUUGAUGAAUACUACAGGCUGAAAGAACUUGAACGAGAAGAAGAAGAGAAGGAAUUGAAAGAACAGGAAUUUGUUACCCAAAGAAAAAUGGAAGAACUUUCCAAAAUGGAGGGAGGGGAUCCAGAACUUGUUUACGAUGAAGUAUCCUCCGCAACAGCUCCCCAUGCUGCUGUUUCAUAAUAAUUCUCAAUCAUACACAUUUGUAAAUACAGUUUUGAUGACAUAUGAUGCAGUAGAAUGCUAGCUGUCAGGGUAUAUUCAAAGAUAUGUUCGCACUGCAUUUUGUACGGCAGGUCCAUCGCAGAUCAGUGACAGUGUUCGUAUGUCAGACAAGAUUAUUUUAAAACGUUUUCUUGAAGAAAAAUGUGUCUAGGAAAGUUUUUGAAGAGAUACAGGGAUUAAUCAUGCGAAAGACUUUGAAGAAACAGUUGAUGUGGUUGACUUGUUGGAGAAUAAGAGUUUAUAUUAGUCUGAACUAUUAGACAAGGACCGUUCAGCGCAAAAUAGCGAAUGAUAUCACACAAUUAUAAAUUCAUUCAAAUGUCAACGAAUAUAUUUUUAAUUAUAUGUCAAGCUAAAU